AGGGUGCUUGUAUUCAUGGAGCUUCUCUUGAAAACAGUACCCCAAAUGGCCCGAAUCACUUUAUAUUAUUUUCUUUGUCGGUAGUGGGGUUCUUCCUCCGAUUAGAUGGUUUGUUUCUUUCUCAUCUCAAUAAAUUAUAAAAUACACGCCAAUUUCCAUCACAAAUUCAUCCCCCAAAAACCAUAAAAAACACGAUUUCUGGUCGUUAAUUUUUUAUUGGAAUCAGUUUUUUUGGAUCGAAGAACUGAAUCGAAGUUGAAUUUAAAAAUGGAGGCAGCUCACUACAUAAGAAGAUACCACCGGCAUAACCUUGACCGGAAACAGUGCGCUUCCGCCGUCGUCAAACACGUCAAAGCUCCCGUCGAUAUCGUUUGGUCAUUAGUUAGGAGGUUUGAUCAACCUCAAAAGUACAAACCCUUUGUGAGCAGGUGCACUAUGCUUGGGGAUCUUAAUAUAGGGAGUGUUAGAGAGGUGAAUGUCAAGUCGGGGCUUCCGGCGACAACGAGCACCGAGAGAUUGGAACUUCUCGAUGACAAGGAACACAUCCUCGGCAUCAAAAUUGUCGGUGGCGACCAUAGGCUCAGGAACUAUUCUUCAAUCCUCACCGUCCAUCCGGAGGUAACCGACGGUAGAUCCGGGACGUUAGUCAUAGAAUCAUUCGUGGUGGACAUACCCGAUGGCAACACCAAAGAUGACACAUGCUACUUUGUAAAAGCGCUAAUAAACUGCAACCUUAAAUCUCUUUCCGAUGUUUCGGAAAGGAUGGCCGUCCAGGAUCAGCGUGGACGCCUCACUUAACCAUCCAUACUCUCGGCAUCAGACGUGAAAAGACGAGAAUGCCCUCUCACGGUGUUCCGGGUUAGUGUCUAGUUUCUUGUCCUUUUCCAUGAAUUAAACCUUGUGGUUGAUAUGUGGGUUUGGUUUCAAGUUGUUGUGGAAUAUGUGGUGUAAAUAUAGGAGUAAGCAGCUCAUUGUUUGCAGCCAGGAUGGCUCAUGGUUUGCAAACAUUUGGUAGCGGUUCAUAUGUUUCGGUGUUAAUAAACAAUAUGUAGUUUUGGUCUUU